AUGGACUACAGUGAAGAUUAUGUAUCAAAUGAGCAUCGUGAGCUUCAUCAAACUGUAGCAGAAAGUGCAGAUCCAUUAUCUGUUUCUCCAUUGCAUCUUUCACCAAGGUCUCCUAAAUCUCCAAAGUCCCCGAAGGUACAAGGCAAGUGUAGCAGUCCAAGUCCAAAGAAUAAUAGACAAUCACAUUCUCCAAAAGAUGGACGUCCAAAGAAAGGUGGCUCUGGGGGGAAAGGUACCUGGGGUGGAUUGCUUGACACAGAUGACAUGAACGUUGUUGAUCCCGCUGACCCAAACUAUGACAGCAGUGAGGAAUAUGGCAAUUCAAAUGAAAAUAAAAGGACAACCGAACUGCUGGACUACAAGAAAAAAGCUACAAUAAUAGUGGAGGAAUACUUUGCCACUGAUGAUGUUGUUGCAACAAUAAAUGAACUUAGAGAGCUUGGAAAACCAGAGUAUAGCUACUAUUUUGUCAAAAAACUUGUCUCUAUUUCAAUGGACAGAGAUGACAAGGAAAAAGAAAUGGCUGCUAUUCUGUUAUCUGCACUUUAUGGUGACCUAUUUCAUCCUACACAAGUUUACAAAGGCUUCAGCAAAUUAGUUGAAUCAGCAGAUGACUUAAUUGUAGAUAUACCGGACACAGUUGAUGUUCUUGCGCUUUUCUUAGCCCGAGCCGUGGUUGAUGACAUACUUCCUCCUGCAUUUUUGAAGAAACAGAUGGCCUACUUACCUAAAGAUUCAAAAGGGGUUGAGGUUUUGAAAAAAGCUGAGAAAAGCUAUCUAGCUGCACCUCUACAUGCUGAAAUCAUAGAAAGGCGUUGGGGAGGUAGUAAGAAUACAACAGUUGAUGAAGUGAAGGCUAGGAUAAACAAUUUUUUGAAGGAGUAUGUAGUAAGUGGUGACAAGAAAGAAGUUUUUAGGUGCAUUAAAGAUUUGAAAGUUCCUUUUUUCCACCAUGAAAUAGUGAAAAGGGCUCUUAUAAUGGCAAUGGAAAGGCGUCAAGCUGAACCACCACUACUAGACUUGUUGAAGGAGGCAGCUGAAGAGGGUUUCAUCAACUCUAGCCAAAUGUCUAAAGGGUUUGAUAGGUUGAUUGACACAGUUGAUGACUUAUCACUUGACAUACCGAAUGCGCGUGGAAUCUUGCAGCAACUAAUGUCUAAAGCAGCAUCUGAGGGUUGGUUGUGUGUGUCAUCUUUGAAAUCACUUUCAGUUGAGCCUGAAAAGAACACAAUAAAAGAUAAUGCUGCAAGAAGUUUCAAGAUAAAGACUCAGUCAAUCAUUAAAGAGUACUUCUUAUCAGGUGAUGUAUUGGAGGUAAGUAGUUGUCUAGAACAAGAGAACAGCAACAACUGUGGUGAACUCAAUGCAAUCUUUGUUAAGAAGCUGAUAACUCUUGCAAUGGAUAGGAAGAAUAGGGAGAAGGAAAUGGCAUCUGUGUUGCUUUCAUCUUUGUGUUUCCCAGCUGAUGAUGUUGUGAGUGGUUUUGUGAUGUUAAUUGAAUCAGCAGAUGACACUGCUCUUGAUAAUCCUGUUGUUGUUGAGGAUCUAGCUAUGUUUCUUGCUAGAGCAGUAGUUGAUGAAGUCCUAGCUCCACAACACCUUGAAGAGAUUGGAACACAAUGUUUGGGGCCAGAUUCGAUUGGGAACAAAGUGCUUCAAAUGGCUAAGUCAUUGCUAAAGGCUAGACUCGCCGGGGAGCGAAUUUUGAGGUGUUGGGGUGGUGGUGGAAGCAGCAGGCCUGGAUGGGCAGUUGAAGAUGUCAAAGACAUGAUUGGGAAGCUGUUGGAGGAAUAUGAAUCUGGUGGUGACAUAAGAGAGGCUUGUCGCUGCAUGAAAGAGUUAGGAAUGCCAUUUUUCCAUCAUGAAGUUGUUAAGAAAGCUUUGGUGACAAUAAUUGAAAAGAAGAAUGAGAGGUUAUGGGGUCUACUAAAGGAGUGUUUUGAUUCAGGACUAAUAACCAUGUAUCAAAUGGUCAAAGGUUUUGGAAGGGUAGCUGAAUCUCUUGACGACUUGGCUUUGGAUGUUCCUGAUGCUAAGAAUCAGUUUGCACACUACGUUGAAAGAGCAAAAACUGAAGGAUGGUUGGACAACUCAUUUUGUUUCAGCAAACUGGAACAUGCAACAGAGAAUGGCACUUGCUAA